GAGACAGAGAGACAGAGAGAGCGUGAGCCGGGGAGGGGCAGAGAGAGAGGGAAACAGAAUCCAAAGCAGGCUCCAGGGUCCCAGCUGUCAGCACAGAACCCGAUGCAUGGCUUGAACUCACAGACGAGAUCGUGACCUGAGUGGAAGUCGGACGCUUAACAGACUGAGCCACUCAGAUGCCCCUUAUAUUUCAUUUUCUUAAUGAUGUCUUUUUUUUUUUUAUAGUGAAUGGUGUCUUUUGAAGUGCAAAGCUUUUAAGGUUUUAUGAAGUCCAAUUUAUCAAUAUUUUCUUUUAUGGAUAGUGCUUUUGAUAUCAUACUAAGAAAUCUUUGUUUUCCUUAACCCAGGUCAUAAAGAUUCUCUCCUAUGUUUUCUUCUACAAGUUGUAUAGUUUUAAUUCUUUACUAUUUUGAAGGAGAGAUAGAGAGACAGAGUGUGAGCAGGGGAGGGGCAGAGAGGGGGCAGAGAUAGAGAGGGAGAUACAGAAUCCGAAGCAGGCUCCACACUCUGAGCUGUCAGCACAAAGCCUGGCCCCAGGCUCGAACUCAUGGGCUGCAAGAUCAUGACCUGAGCCGAAGUCAGACACUUAACAGACUGAGCCACCCAAGCACCCCUUAAUGCUUACAUUUGGUAAGGGAUUUUUGGUCUAUGAUUCACGUGGAGUUAAUUUUUGUGUAUGGUGUAAAGUAAGCGUCUAAAUCCUUUUCCUUAUGGGUAUCUAGUUGUCUCAGCAGCAUAUGUUGAAAAGAUGGCUCGUGUAAUUGUUGACUCUGCUUUUACUACAUUUGUGUCUUUAAAGAAAAGCUGAAGUAAGUAGGGCAUAGAGAAUUAAUGUAUUAAUGAAGAUGAAGAGAUUCUUCUGUGUUGAGGUUUUAAGCACUUACAUUAGAUAAGGAACAUCUGGUUGAUGUUUUAAAGAAUAACUCGAACCAUAAUUUCAUUUCGUUUCCUUCGUCUCCCCCAUUCCCUCCCCAGCUCUCCACUGAACAUCUGCUUCUCUUAUGUGAGGGGAAGUGAAAGAUUUAGGUCAGGCAUAAACACAAACUAUCUUUACUGUAUUGUUCCCUUUUAAGACCAAAAUACCCACCCUGCCGGGCCAGUUUAGCACUACAUUACCCUAUAUCAACAGAUCUACUGCAAUUUUUGGAAGCUGGCUUUCCCCAGGAAACAGAACUGCUAUUGUUACUUCUCGGUGUUAUGUAAUAAAUCUGGUGGGUCACUUUCAAGGAUGUGAACAGGAAUCGAGAAACACUGUCCUUCAAAUAUCACUUUUCUUUAUGUUAGCUUUAUUGAUGAAUUUCUCACAAGAAGUAUCUUAAGAGACAUCACUAGUGUUGUGAGCCCUCCGCAUCCAGAUCUCACAUGUAUCUAUGGUGCUGGCUAGAGGUAACCCCAAAUAAAAACAGUUUCCGUUGACUUCUGGCUUCACUGAUGCAAGAUAGCAAGACCUUGGGGAAGUCUAUCUCCCCAAAAUACCAUCCAUUUUGCUAUCUUAAAUCUUUGCAAAGAACAGGAUGAUUACAUUUUCCUCUCUGGGAAUUUACUGAGUUCCUCUGUUUUAUGGCACUGACCUAGCAGCUCUAAUUGGGGCACUCUUCUACCCGUGGCUUUGCUAAAAAUCCCUCACAAUCAGGACUGCAGUGUAAUAAUAAUAAUAAUAAUAAUAUAAUGCAAUAGCUCAUAUGUGUAUAGCACUUAUUAUGCACCAGACCUUCUUUUCUUGCCUUACAUAUAUUAACUCAUUUAACUGUUCCCUGGAGGCGUACAUUAAAGCUGGCAUUGCUGGAGGGUAAUGAGUAUAGAAGCAAUUUAGUGUUUGGAGUAUGAUAAACUUCCAUAAAAUAGAAGGAAAGCCUUGAGAUGAUGCCUCAGGGAUAAAAUUGAACAGCCUGGUCCUUUUUGGGGUCUCAUAAUUUUUUCAGCUGUAGAACUCAUUUGAGGGAAAAGUAACAGGUAGGAAACAUUGGUUUUCAUCACCUCGCUUUGGUUAGACAUAUGCUUUGGAUAUUCUUCCUCAAGCACCUUCAGAAUCCCCAUCCACUUCCAUGUCUAGGCACUCACUUCAGUAGCCUGGCUCUGGGCCACUCUAGGGCUAUCCAGCCUUCUCAUUGUGAGGCUGGGUCCCUGUUGGUGCUUUCCUGUCCUGUGUUUCAUUGUGGGAGCCGUUUGCUGGGAAGGGGCAGUUUCACCAACAAGGAGGAGGUCUUUUAAAAUUCUAGCUCACUGUUGAUCAGAACCAGGAAUUUCCCUUAGUUUAAGAUUUAGUUAGUAGACAGGGGCUCCUGGGUGGCUCUGUUGGCUGAGUGUUCGACUCUUGAUCUCAGCUCAGGUCUUAAUCUCACAAUUUAGUUAGUACACAAACAUUCUGGCUUUCUCUAAGUUUUUAGCCAGUUUUUUACAUUUUAGUAGAAGAUUCAGGAACACGUUUCUUGGGAGGAAAGAAAAGAAGAGGAGAGAUUCUGGGGGCAUAGCAAGGGGGAACAAAGAAGGGAAGAAAAGUUGGAGAGCCUCUGUGUACCUCAAAAUUUUGCCGAGGGCCUUGCCUUGACAGUGGGGUGCAGAUAGGUCCUUCAUUGCUGUCCCCCAAAUCUCACCAGCACUGUAACAGUGGCCUUCUAUGAGUUGUGCACUCACCUUUGUCAUCUGACACAGGGGAAUGACUCAAAUGGUUGGAACGUUCAGACAGGUAAGAAAGGAGACAGGUUAUUACAGAUGGGGGUGGGGAACUUGUUUUGGACAGGUAGUUCCUGGUGGCAUCAGGGAAAACAUGCCUUAGGUGGCUCUCUCUGACUGAUACAUUGACUGAUCCUGCUAAGUCAGGAACAUGACCAAGAUGGCCUUAUUUUCCUCAGCUUGACUAAACUUUAGACAGGUUUCUUAGUGACAAUAGGUCACUGACCUCCCUUGUCUUAGAGCAUUUACUUUAGAAAACUUACAAUUGUAAAUUCUUUAUUUGCCCAUCUGAGAUGUAAAUCUUUUCCUAGCCUCUUGCCCCUUUUACAACUGAGAACCAUCUGUUUCAGAGACCUGGGAGACAUCUUUUGAAAUAUUAUCAUCAAGAAAGGUAGCAUCCAGGUCUCCCAGUUUCUGUAGGAGGGUAGGAACCUAGACUGGUGUCAGCAAACACAGAUGGCCUAAUCACAUUGACCAAACUAAUGUCCUCCAGUACUUUUCAACUAGCUAACCUCGGCCCUUAGAAACCUUCCUGCUUUUUUUUGUUUCUAGGGAAGUUAAGUUCUCUCUCCCCUUGAAGAAGACUUGAAUUAUGUCUUCUUCUUUUUCAGCCAAACUCUGUUCUGUGAAAUUUUUCUUUGACAUACAGACACUUGUGCAAUAUUUUAUCUAAACUGACUCUCAGUGUGUUUGGAAAGCCAUUAACCAAGAAGACAGGAUAACUUUAUCAUGGUGCACUGUUUUCUGGACUCAUUAUUGGGGGUCUGACACCCACAGCAUUUCAUAUGCUAUUAAUCACCUCCUCCAAUAAACCCAAAACCCAAACCAGAAUGCUUCUCAUAUUUCUUUGCCAUAAGAUACCUUAUAUAUACACACGUAUGAAAAGUAUACAUGCACAAUGUUAUAUAGACAGACACACACAAUUAGUAAUAGCUAUCAUUUUUUUGUAGGUCUACUGUGUACUUUGUAUACAUACACAUAGUACUUCAUACAUAUUUCCUCAUUUGAUCCUUACAUCAUUUCUAUGAAUCAGGUAUCAUUUAUCUCAAGAUGAGGAAGCCAAGGCUGAGAGAGUGAAGUGACUACUUCAAAUUGCUGUCAGAAGUGGGAUUUGAACCCAGUCAAUCAGUCUACAAAUCAUGAUAUCAGGUUUCCAAUUGUCUUUCAAAGAUUCACUGAGCUACCUUGUUAGGAUUCUGGUCCAGAGGGAAACCUGUAUUUCCAGAAGGAAUUAAGGAAGAACUUCUGUCACUGUCCCUUCAUCCCUCCUCCCAGAAGCAUUAUAGAAGAUUUUACUAUUCCUUAGAGAACUUCAUCUCAAAGUGUGUCCCAACUCUCACCUGUCACCUGUAAUUUCUGCUUUGGGGUCUAGCCCCAAAUCUUGAGGAAGACAUUUUUUUUUCCAGUUAAUUCAUUUUUGAGAGAGAGACAGAGUGUGAGCAGGGGAGGGGCAGAGAGAGAGGAAGACACGGAAUCGGAAGCAGGCUCCAGGCUCUGAGCUGUCAGCACAGAGCCCCACAUGGGGCUCAAACCCAAGAACCACGAGAUCAUGCUCUGAGCCCAAGUCAUCCGCUUAACUGACUGAGGCACCCAUAUGCCCCUUGAGGCAGCCAUUCUGAUCUUCAUUUCAGGGUUGCUCUGACAAGGAUAGUUGGGGAUCUGCCCUGGUGCUUCCAGCACAGAGGAUAUAUUCCUUCAGUGGACAGAGAAGAUGGUAGCAACUUCCUCUCUGAGUCACGCAUAUUGUCUGUCAUUCUGUCAACCAUCUGUCCUAUUAGCCACGCUUGGGUGAUGAAUAGAAAGAACUCAACGUACUGUGAGGUUACUAGGUUACAGCUUGUGACAUCAGAAUGCACAAUGAACAGAGCAUUAGAAAGUAGACAGCAAUGGUUUCUACUUAUUUCAAAAUAUCCAUGAUGCCAGAGAAAUACAUCCCUGUUAAAAAAACCUAGGUCUUUGUAGCUCCCUUUCCUUCUUUGACAUGGAAUGAAAGAGAUGUUUCCAGAACUGGUCAACUUCAGUAACUUUUAUAUCAGAGUCUGUGCUUAAAAGUAUCACAAACAAAACUUCAGAACAAUCACACUACCUAGAAAAAGUAUUUCUAGGACUCUGAGAUGGUCCUUGCCCUGAGGAAGGUGGCAAGUCUUGUGUUUACUAUGGGGCCUACCCCCUCUCCUAUGGAACACAGUGAGGUUUUAUUCUGUGAAAGCUGUGGGAAGCUCACCGUAGGUUGUGUACCUGAGCCACUUAGAUUCAAGGCAGCAGUGGUGAGGUCACUAAAGUGACCUUCUCCUUUCUCCCAGAUGGAGGGGCUCCUUCUCAUGAGGACUCUAACACAUACAGCUCUACACAUACAUAAAAACUUCACUUCCAUUUAUUACUGGAUAGAUUUUUUUCAGUGUUGAUGAGAUGUUUUGUAGAAAUCAACAUAUACUGUCCACAUAAGGAAAGUUUAAAUGAUUUAAAAUAUGUUUCCUAAUUAUAAGCACUUGUGGGAAAUUUGGAAAGUACAGAAAAGAAAAAAAAAUUACAAUUGCAUCAACCCGGAAGCAACCAUCACUAACAGGUUUUUUUGUUUUCCUUUUGGUCUUUAAUUUUGUAGCUCUGUUUUUGUUUGUUUUUUUCUUUUUCUUUAUUAUUAUUUAUUUUUGAGAGAGAGAGAGAGAGAGAGAGAGACAGACAGACUGUGUGUGUUUGGGGGGCGGGGGGAGAGGGAGACACAGAAUCGAAGCAGGCUCCAGGAUCCCAGCUGUCAGCACAGAGCCCCAUGUGAGGCUCAAACUCACCAAUCGCGAGACCAUGACCUGAACCGCGAGAUCAUGAUCUGAGCCGAAGUCUGCGGCGCUUAACAGACUGAGCCACUCAGGCGCCCGUUGGUUUGUUGUUUUCAAGUGAAGACGCUCCUGCCCAAAAGGAACUUACAACUUUAAGGGCAACACAAAUGAGAAAAAUGAAGACAAAAUAAGACUGAAAACCAGAGAACAUGAUGAUAAUGAUGAUGGGCUCACUGAUUUCUCCAAAGUGUCUCUGAGACACAUACUGCCUGGAAUCAGUCACUUCCUGCCUUGUCUGCCACCCAUUGUGUAGCCACAAAGAAUGUGUGUUCUGUCAGCAGCUAUAAAAGUACAGAUCUGGGUGCUGAUCAAGAAUGUGAAGUGAGGCCUGAGAAAAUGCAGAACUGAGGUGAUGAAUUAAAGAUAUAUUUUGAGAGAACUCUACAGUACACUGAUUUGUUGAAUGUGGGGGAAAAGAGAGAGGAAGAGUUUGAAGACGAAACUCAAUUUUCUGGUUGAAAGAAAUGCAGAGUCAUUAGCGUCUUAAGCCAAUCAUCACCCUAAAAUGGUUUGAAGGGAGAUAUGGUAAACCCAAAUCACUGUUUUAACUAUAAUGAAAGGUCAACCCAGCAAUGGAAAGCAAUGGACACAUUUUAUUUCCAAAUGGUGAUGCUGAUCCAUUUCAGUGUCUUCCUUCUGGGACAAUGCAGUGAGAGCCAGUUGUCACUCAACACAAAGGUGUCUGUAUUGUAGCUGCAAAAGAGGGUUAUGGGAUGGAGUGCCUGAUAAGUUCCUCUAGAUUGAGCUGUCAGCUGUGACCUCUCUGAGGAGGUGAUCUAAGCUGCAAUCUGAAAGGCAAGAAGGAGUCAGUGUGUGAAAAUCUGUGAAAAAGUAACAUCUGGCAUAGAGAUCUUAAGAUUACAUGGAGUAUUUGCUUCCUGAUCCUUCUUAAUCUCUCUAGCCUGCAUUUCUGAAAACUUGGGGAAGGCAUACAAGCUUUGAAAAGACGGAAAAUUUCUUAGCAUAAAUAUCAGUAAAACAACUCUUUCCUAUGGGAUUUUGAUGUCUCACUGAAGUAGCAAUUAAAACUGGACUCUUUUGAAGUUGUUUAUUCCAAGAAUGCACCUUCUUGAUUUUAAGGAUGAAAAGAUAGGAGCUGGAAGCAAACUGGAUUCUGCUUCUCCAAACCUGAGCAUAUGUAAAAGAAAGCCUUUGCCCAGCAGAAUUAGCAGAUGGUCUAAAUCCCCUUGGAGUACAUGGGCUCAGUUCAACACUGAUUUGGGAUUAUUCAUUCAAAGUCCUUGGUCUUCUGGAACUUUAAUAAGGCUUUCCCUCAUCAGGCUGACGAUGGCUCACUUCACACAUAACCACUCAAGACUUCUGUGCAGCAUAAAAUAGAAGAUCAAAAGCAGGGUUGAAUCUUUUUUGAAAGAGUUUGGUAACACCAGGCAUUUGAACACUCAGUCACAUGCAGCAGAACCAGGCACAUGGAGAACAGCUGAUUCCACGAAACCAAGGGCUUGGGUUUUGCAAUGGAACGAAUAUGGUUGCUGUUGCUUCUAACAAGUAGAGUGCUUCUGGGGUCUGCUCAGUUUAAUGGCUACAACUGUGACGCCAACCUCCACAGUAGAUUUCCUGCUGAAAGAGACAUCAAUGUCUAUUGUGGGGUGCAGGCCAUUACAAUGAAGAUUAAUUUUUGCACAGUACUUUUCUCGGGUUAUUCUGAAACAGAUCUGGCACUGAACGGAAGGCAUGGGGAUUCCCACUGCAGGGGGUUCAUCAAUAACAACACCUUUCCCGCGGUGGUCAUUUUCAUCAUCAAUCUCAGCACCUUGGAGGGCUGUGGAAACAACUUAGUGGUAUCCACAAUUCCUGGAGUCAGUGCUUAUGGGAAUUCAACUUCAGUACAAAUAGGAAAUAUUUCGGGAUACAUUGAUACUCCAGACCCACCAACAAUCAUCAGCUAUCUACCUGGGCUUCUUUACAAAUUUAGUUGUAGUUAUCCAUUGGAAUACCUGGUUAAUAAUACCCAGCUUGCCUCAUCCUCAGCUGCUAUUUCUGUGAGAGAGAACAAUGGUACAUUUGUCAGCACUUUGAACCUGCUCCUUUAUAAUGAUUCAACCUACAGUCAGCAGUUAAUUAUCCCAAGUAUAGGAUUACCUUUGAAAACCAAAGUGUUUGCAGCUGUACAAGCCACUAAUCUGGAUGGCAGAUGGAAUGUCUUAAUGGAUUAUUGCUACACAACCCCAUCAGGGAACCCAAAUGAUGACGUUAGAUAUGAUCUCUUCCUUAGCUGCGACAAAGAUCCUCAGACCACUGUCAUUGAAAAUGGCAGAAGCCAGCAAGGCCGGUUUUCCUUUGAAGUGUUCCGAUUUGUGAAACACAAGAAUCAGAAAAUGUCCACCGUCUUCCUGCACUGUGUUACCAAGCUCUGCAGAGCUGAUGACUGCCCCUUCCUUAUGCCAAUUUGCGGCCACAGAGAAAGGAGGGAUGCAGGGAAGAGGACCACUUGGAGCCCCCAGAGCACGUCUGGAAAUGCAGUCCUCUCUGCUGGUCCCAUCAUUACUCGGAGUGAUGAGACUCCAACCAACAAUUCACAGCUUGAUAAUUCCAGCUUGGGGAUAUGUUUUAAUUGGACUGGUUGAUUUGGACACCUGAGAUUUAAUUACUCUUUCUGUGACCUGAGUUUUUGGCCGAUUUCCAUGUCUGAUGACAUUCAUUUAAAAAACAAACAAACAAGCAAACUCAGGAAAUGUGUCUUAACCUGGAGCACCUACUUGUGUAGCAGAAUGUAAAAAUAGUUGUUAACCUCUAAAGGAAACCAAGUGACCCUAGGUCAUUAUUCAUUUACAUGGGAGUGGCUGUGCUCAGUUUUCUCCUGGUUCACUGAGAACGUCAGCACAAGUUCACUUUCCUCCCAGGUAAACAAGUCAGCUGCAUUUGCAGCUGUGCUUCCAGCAGUGAGGCAGCUGCAGAGAUCAUUCUUCAUUCAAGAGCCAUUGCACGGGAAAACAAAGCAUAGUUGUGGGAGUGGACAUUGUCCCCACACAUAAGCAUAAUGUUCCCAUGGGGUUUUUAGUAACCUAGUUUCCUUUUGUCCCUAUGACAAAGAGUAAACAGGGUAAGUGUGUUUUGCAGAACAUUGUUGAGUCUCUAUGAAAAAAAUGUCCCUUUCCCACAAAUUUCUGAUGCUAGCAAAGCAAAUAAUCUGGAAGAGCCCUACUUUUUAGGUGUCUUCUUGAAAGUGUCAUGAUGGCCAUGGAAUAAACAGUAUUUUCCUGUAAUAGUAAACUGCAAGAAGUUGUGAUCCUUUGUCAGUUUUUCAAAAAAAUGUUUAAAAGCCACGUAUUAAGCAGCCUCUGUUCUUACCAAAAAAUCAUCCUUCUCUUUGUUCAGUCUAUUCACACAACUGAAUAGAACAAUUCAGUGACGGGCAUCAAAACCUCGCAUGUGUGGGGGCGCCUGGGUGGCUCAGUCAGGUGAGCGUCCAACUUCGGCUCAGGUCAUGAUCUCGCAGUCUGUGAGUUCGAGCCCCACGUUGGGCUCUGUGCGGACAACUCAGAGCCUGGGGACUGCUUCAGAUUCUGUGUCUCCCUCUCUCUCUGCCCCUCCCCCGCUUGUGUUCUGUCUCUC